AUGACGGUGCUGCCCGAGCGCACGUUGUUCAUCGUCAGGCAUGGCGUGUGCUCAUCUGCUGGCCGCAUCCUGCUUGGCGGUGACAUCUGGGGUCAGGACAUGCUGAUCUCGAACGAGCACCUGCGCAACAAACAUCGGGUGCGCGCGUUGUCUUAUCUGCACGUGCUGAAGCUGCACAUCACCGACCUGGCCGACAUCGUGCUGGUGUUCCCUGAUGCCCGCCUGCAGUUGAGACGAGCACAGGUGAAGAUCUCCUUCACCCGCGGCUUCAAGAUGGUGUCGAGGGCGGUGCAGAGCCUCGGGGAGGAGGGGCUGCCCUGGUGGGAAAUUCCUCCGGAGUGGCGCCCCCUGCUGUACGCGCAGAUACUGAACGGAUGUUACAAUGCCGGGGACUGGCUGCAGAGGCGCUGGUCGAAUGCCGACACCGCCGAGGCCGAGCACGGCAACGAGCUGCUCAAUGAGAUGUUCGAGCAGGUCUCCGAUACCCAGAAGUCCAUAUCCGAUGGCCUCACUGAUUCGCCCCGACAUGUAGUUUCCAUGUGCAAGAGCAUGUCGUUGAAGGCGGAAGCUCGUAUCUCAGGUGUUGAGUCAUAUGUCGAACGCUUCCAGCGUCUCCCUUCCCAGCGCAACCGCCAGCUCGAAGAGGGCGUCCUACCGCCACCCGCCAGCUCGAAGAUCAGUCCCGAGCUCGAGUGGUCCCAGCCGUAG